AUGGACGCUGACUUGGAUGUUGUCCUCAACGAUCCUGACAACGAACUGCUAAACCAGAAUGCCUUGAACAUCGAACUUCCUGACUUGGAUGUCGCUGCUGCUCCAGAAUAUUCAGAGUUGUUGUAUCAUGAAGAACCCUUGUCUCCCUUUGACACUCCUGUCGAUGCCUUGCCUUUGACACUGGGUUUGGAUUUGAAUCUGGGCUUGAGUUCUCAUCCUAUCGAUUCAAGUUCUGCUCCUGAUACUCUAAACCCUCCUGUUGGUCUGCACAAUGAUACUGCAAGAGACGACUCUCAAUCUAGUCUGCCUUUGUCUUCUCGCUCUGUCGCAAGAACUUCUCGCACUCCCUAUGAACGUCCUAAACCUGAUACUGGAUCCCAUCUUAGAUCAAAUGAACGCACUGUUGGUAGUCGUCAUCUAGACUCGUCUUCUUCAAAUCGAAACUGUCGAGUCUAUGUUGGCAACUUGGCUUUUGGUUGUGGUUGGCAGGAUCUUAAAGACUACAUGCGGAAAUGUGGAAAUGUUCUUUUUGCUGAUAUCAUCAUGAGAGACGGUCGAUCGUUGGGAUGCGGCGUUGUAGAAUAUUCCUCUCCUGAUGAUGCUCAACGUGCCAUUCGUGAAUUGCAUGAUUCAAACCAUAUGGGUCGCACUCUCUUGGUGCGCGAGGACAGAGAAGCCGAUUCACGACGUCCCAGUGGAAAAACUCGAUCAACCAAUCGGGACAGUAAUAGAGGCCCCGAUCGUGAUUCUGGAAGUGACCGCUAUAGUCGAAAUGAUCGCACUAGAUAUGAUGACAGGUCUAGCCGUGGUCGAAGUGGUCGCAGCUAUCGUGAUAACGACGAUCGUGAUGAUCGUCGUCGUGUGGAGGGUCGCGAUGAUCGUGACAAGAAGAUUUUUGUUGGAAAUCUUCCUUUUGUUGUAAACUGGAAGGAUCUGAAGGAUUUGUUUCGCAAAGUUGCCUCGGUUGUUCGUGCAGAGGUAUUUGAAGAUCAUGAUGGUCGUUCCAAAGGCGUAGGGACUGUGGAGUUUGAGACUCCUCAGCUUGCUCGCAAUGCCAUUUCCAUGUUUGAUGGUUACGAAUGGCAUGGGCGCAGACUAGAAGUGAGAGAGGACCGGCGACCCGGAUACCAGGGCGGAGGGGAUAACAGCCGUCCCUCACAUCAAGAUCGUAACGAUAGUGGGAGAACGUCUGGAAGAAGCCAAGAUGACGGCAGAAAUAGGGAUGUGGGCAAUCAUGGACCAUAUGGGGUUGGAUUCAUACCUUUUGGUAUGCCUUCUCGCAACAGUGUAGGAUAUGAUAUGCGUGAUUUCUAUCCCAAUGCAGCACUUGGCGUUAUUCCUGGAAUGGGGAUUGGACCGGGUGGUCCUGCUGCUGCUGCGGCAGCUGCUGCGUUUGGAGCAUAUUUUAGCGGGGGUGCAGGCAACAAUGGUAAUGCAAGCGUCAAUGGCUUUUAUCCCGGAUUUGACAUGUUUGGAGGUGUAGGAUUUUCAAAUGGAGGCAUAGAUCAAGGAGAUGCAAGGUCUCGUAUAAAUCCUGCAAUACGAGGAUCUAUUAUGCAACAGCAGUUUCAACAGCCUUCAUCUCAACAGCAGCAACAGUAUGGCAAUACACAAGGACAAUCCAUUCAGCAGCAACCACAACAAUUUCCAUCUCAACGAGACAACUACUUUUAAGAUGGAUGAUUUGCAUAAUGAUGAAUUGGCAUUUAAAACGAUGGCAGUCCAAUAUAUUUUUAUCAAAUGAAUUUAUCGCAAUUAUUUUUCAAAUAUCUGAGUGCAGCGAAUGAAAAACGAUCAAUUGAUG